CGGGGCGCGAGCGGGCUGGGCGGCGUGGCGGGGCUGGCCGGCCGCCAGCGGCCAAGGUGCGAGCGGACCGCGGGGCUCGGGCGCGGAGCGGGGGCGCGCGGCGCGGAGCAGCCAGCCCAGCCCAGCCCAGCCCCGCGGGCAGAGAGGUGCCGGCCGGCGGCGGCGGCGGCGGCGGCGGCGGCGGCUUCCAGCCCGGCGGGUGCAGGGCCUCUGGCAGAGCUGCAGCGGAGCGGGGCCUCGGCCGCGCGUUCCGGGCGGUGCUCGCCAUGUCGGGCGGGCUCCCGAAGGCCUUGCCGUCCACGGGGCCCCACUCCCUGCGAGACAUGCCGCACCCGCUGGCCGGCUCCAGCAGCGAGGAGGCCGUGGGCGGCGACAGCACGCCCAGCCCGGACCUGCUGAUGGCCCGCAGCUUCGGCGACAAGGAUCUCAUUUUGCCCAACGGUGGGACGCCGGCAGGCACUUCGAGCCCAGCUUCUCCAUCUUCCCUUCUCAACCGACUUCAGCUUGACGACGACAUCGAUGGCGAGACCAGAGAUCUCUUUGUCACCGUUGAUGAUCCCAAGAAGCAUGUCUGUACAAUGGAGACCUAUAUCACGUACAGGAUCACCACCAGAAGUACUCGGGUGGAGUUUGACCUGCCGGAAUAUUCUGUCCGUCGAAGAUACCAGGAUUUUGACUGGUUGAGGAACAAACUGGAAGAAUCGCAGCCCACUCAUCUCAUUCCCCCGCUUCCCGAAAAGUUUGUGGUGAAAGGUGUUGUGGACCGUUUUUCGGAAGAGUUUGUGGAGACCAGAAGGAAAGCUUUGGAUAAAUUCCUAAAAAGAAUUACGGAUCAUCCUGUACUUUCUUUCAAUGAACACUUCAAUGUUUUUCUUACUGCUAAGGAUCUGAAUGCCUACAAGAAGCAAGGGAUGGCGCUGCUGACCAGAGUGGGCGAGUCGGUCAAGCAUGUCGCCGGAGGCUACAAGCUGAGGAGUCGGCCUCUGGAGUUUGCAGCCAUCGGCGAAUACUUGGACACUUUUGCACUCAAACUGGGAACCAUAGAUCGGAUAGCCCAGCGGAUCAUCAAAGAAGAAAUAGAGUACCUUGUGGAGCUCAGAGAAUAUGGGCCCGUGUACUCCACGUGGAGCGCGCUAGAGGGGGAGCUGGCCGAACCCCUGGAGGGCGUGUCAGCGUGCAUCGGCAACUGCUCCACAGCCUUGGAAGAGCUGACAGAUGACAUGACAGAAGACUUUCUGCCUGUGCUCAGGGAAUAUAUUUUAUACUCUGACUCCAUGAAGAGCGUGUUGAAGAAGAGGGACCAAGUGCAAGCGGAGUACGAAGCCAAACUGGAAGCCGUGGCUCUGAGAAAGGAGGACCGCCCCAAGGUGCCCGCGGACGUUGAGAAAUGUCAGGAUCGGAUGGAGUGCUUCAAUGCUGACCUGAAAGCCGACAUGGAGAGGUGGCAGAACAACAAGAGGCAGGACUUCCGGCAGCUGCUCAUGGGAAUGGCUGACAAGAACAUCCAAUAUUAUGAGAAGUGCCUCAUGGCGUGGGAGUCGAUUAUUCCACUUCUACAGGAGAAGCAAGAGGCCAAGUGAAUUCCUUCUGGGGACAGAGGCUCUUCUACCUACACAGGGCACGGCACGCCAUCCCGGAUGUCCCUGCUGUGCCAGAGAGCAGGCACCGAGCAAGCAACCACAGAAACAUCUCUCCUCGUGUAUUUCUCUCCCUUCCCCACCUGCCUUUGUCUGACAGUUGUUUUCACUUAGUAUUUAUUCCCUGGCGGAGGUGUAAGGCUAUAAUCAUCUCUCAGCAAAAGCAGCAGACCUCCGUGCUGUGAAGGAACCUAUGACACGGAACACUACGAAGAUUCGAAAGCGAGGGACCGGAUAUCCUCAGUUGACCCUCUGACAUCUUGUCACAGUUUCCUGUUCUGGGACAGCGGAGCUGCCUGUUGCGGAAGGGAACCCGGGCCCCGCUUUUCAGGGAUGUGAGGAAGGCACAAACAGGGGGCCAUUCUUGCUUCCCGUGGGGACACAGCAGCUCUGGACUGACCUCUGUGGGCAGUGACAUGUCCCAGCCUGGCAGGUGUCGGCACCUCCGUGGAAGGUCCUUAAUGUACAGUGGCCUGAAGCUGUGUGUGGCCUGCUGCCUGCUCGUGAUGAGUGUGCCUGUUUGAUGGUUCCUGGUUCCCGUGGGGCCAUUGAAAUCAGUGUCUAAAUGCAUCCGAACUAGAGCCAGCCAGCCAGCGUCCUUGUCCUUACGCGAUGCCUCGGGGAGCUGGAGGACAGGGCUCCCCAAACUUUUUUCUGACACUAGAAUGCGGAAGAUUGGAAACUGUUUUUGUGUAAAAUGAAAAAAGGUGCAUUUUUCUCUGUGAUGUCCUUCCAUGUUGUUGUUUUGUUUGUGAAAUGUCAUCAAAGUAGAGAGUAGGCCUGUGGGGGAGUAGCUAUAGUCUCGAAGUCAGGGUAGCUCCCCCUGUUGCUGAGACCAUGGGGCAGAUGCCAAGCCCCGCCUCCCACAUCUGCUUUGUGCAAUUGCCUUUACCUCACCAAAAAGUCCUAGUUUAAUGUUUCCUAUUACGUCCACUGAGUGCUUGGGCAACGCGUUGGUGAGAGGCUGGUGUGUGGUUCUGACACAGUCGAGAUUCUGCAAACUCAGUGUGAAUGUCCUACAUGAAGUGCUUUAACCCCCACUAUUUCUGUCCAGGAGCAAAGUCAGUCCCUGGUCAAACCUCCACUAUGACACCGGCGGCAGUGGACUCUCUGCUUCUGGUGGAGCUAAGGUCAGUUUGCAGCCAAGCUCCUGGGGCCUGCUGGCUGCAUCUAGUCUUUAUUCCAAACUAUUACCAGGUUUACUUUUAAAAUCAACAUCAAACAAGCAGAUGGGGGAAAAAAAAAUAUCUAUCUUCCAACUAGGUUUUUUUCUUCUGAAAGGAAGCUACAUGUCACGUUUGUGUUCUUUCUCCCGCGGCUCAUCCUUAUAAAAUUAUAAAUCUGAGCCUCAAAUACGCGGUAGUAUUUUUUUAUUUUUUUUUUUAAUGAAGCAGUCGUGCGGAGACAGCCCUGCACGCGGAAGGUAACCUGCAGGUGCCGUCAGCCAGCGCGCGGCACGUUGAAGUCACGCCACUCCACUUCCGACGGCAGAGCUGGCCUGGUGCCAGCCAUGCUGUGAUGCUGUCGGGGCAGCAGCUGGACGGCACAGGACAGUUGGUUCUGUUUCAUCGUGUUUGAAAAAGUCGCGGUUUAAAUUAUACUUUUUAUAUCAAUGGGUACUUCACUGCACUGUCAGACCCCGUUCGUGCUGUGCGCAAACCCUCUGAUGUGAAUUUUCAGUUUGGUACGAUUAGAAAGGAGUCAUUGAAGUAGGUGGAUAAGAACAGUCCAUCUAGCCCGAGGGGUGAUUCAGUGCUUCAUUCUACCUCUAAACCAUCACGUUGGUGUGGGCAUGGGUGCCCGGGUCCAGCCUGACCGCUUGCUGGUAGAAUCAGGGUGGGUUGAUGGCUCUCUAUUGAGAUUUGAUAGACGGGCCAACAGAGAACACUCAUCUCUGGGAAUGUGUGAAGCCUUGCCUUAUGGAAUGUGUGCUUUUAAAACGUUGCCCAGUGUAAUGAAUACUCAGAAAGAACUAUGGCAGGAGUUACAGGAAAACUAGACGGUAGUCUGCUAGGUUCAUCAGUGGGACAUUUGGGGAAGGGCGUAGGGCCCGCAGUCACCUCUGAACAUUUCUGGAGGUGAAAGACUAGCUCUGAAAGGGUUUGGGCACCUUGGGAUUUUGUCUUCCUCUCUUUGGCCCCCAUGUGAUGUUCCUGUGCCAUAAGACGCCAGCAAAAGCUGAAACACGGCUCACCGCCCUCCAGCAUGCUACUGGUAGCAGGUCUGGGGAGAGCCGUGUGUAGUACAAGCUUCCUUGGAGAAAUGGCCUAGGCUGGCAUCUUAAGGUGAGGAGGCAGGGACAGUAGGCAGUGAGGGAGGCUCUUCAGUCCUCUAAGGGCUCCCCUGAGGGUCAGCAGGCCCAAGCAUUCGCCUCUUCAUCUUGAUCAGCACAAAGGUGAUUGAUCCCCUAGGACCGUGGUUGGCAAACUGCGGCUCGCGAGCCACAUGCGGCUCUUUGGCCCCUUGAGUGUGGCUCUUCCUAAGCCUUAGGAGUACCCUAAUUAAGUUAAUAACAAUGUACCUACCUAUAUAGUUUAAGUUUAAAAAAUUUGACUCUCAAAAGAAAUUUCAAUCGUUGUACUGUUGAUAUUUGGCUCUGUUGACUAAUGAGUUUGCCAACCACUGCCCCAGGAGAUGUGUGAUCCAGAGACUUCUGUGCCAAAGACUGCCUCAUCGAGGCUUCGUCGCCCCAUCCUCCUUGUCUCCACAAAGCCUGGUGCUGAGAGCACCAGCUCCUGUCUUGUAUUCAUUUUCCAGGAGAUUUUUUGCUUGCAGGUACACCUUACCUCAGGCAGACAUGGGCAGGUUGCGAGGCUUGAGCACAUGGCCGUGAAAUGGACAGUCAUUCCGUCCGCUGGCCCCGGGCCUGGGAAACGACAGGUUUCACUUCCCAGGUCAAAAAUCCAGGCCAAGGCAGAAGAGAGGGUUCCUAGAAACAGCAGGUUUUAGGGAGCAGGUGGUGUUGAAGAUAAGAUGGCAGCGGAUGCGGACGUUGCUCUUUCUUAUCAGGGGCUGGGCCUACAAGAAGAUCCUAGGCUACUCUGCAAGGAACCACUGCCCCUGAUGGAAGCAGCCUAUCCUACACGGCCGGGCUUUCUCCUUUAGUAAAGCUCAACGACGAUUCCCGGUGAGCUCAGAUAGUGCGAUGUGGGAGGCGAUCAACUUGUAUUUCACUGUGCUGCUCCUUGAACUCACCAGACACCUUUCUUUAGUUGAAAUAACACCACCCGGCACCACGCUGGGAUCCUGGGGAAUGUAACGUAAGCUUGUCUUCAUGCCAAAUUUCAGCCACACCGGAGGGUGUUCUGCAUGUUGUUGAAUGAGUGUUUUCUCAGUCGCUGUCUGUGCACACUUGCUGCUCCUUUCCUGGGAGGCCGCCUUUUGUGACGGAACGACAGGAAGCUCUGCUUUAGAGGAGGGCGGCCGUCGGCCGGUGCAGGUUCUCUCGGGACGGCAUCAGUCCAAGAGACACCCAGAGUUUGUGUGGCUUGAUCCUGAGAUUGGGAGCAUUGAAACCAUGGGCACCAGUUGCUGUUUUGAUGCCAUUCAUGGGGCUUGAGAACAGUCAUUCUCUGUACUGUGUCCUGACGGGUGAGAGAGGAGGGACAGCGCGGUCCAGAGCCACCUCCUGGGUCUAUGUUGGCCUCAUCUCUUUGGUUCUUAAGAUGGGUCAGAGUUGGGCUCUGCUCUGGCUGCACUAAAAGGGGCCUCUGCUGAGCAAAUGGGCUGCCUGUGGUCAGGGCGGGCCUACCAUCCUGGACCCCGCCUUCCUAGACGCCUGCGCUAAAGGUCUGGAAACUGGUUAAUCUAAUGAUGAGGUUGGGGAAACACCGCUUUGGUCAUCUCCGUUUACAAAAUGAUGUUGGUAAUGGGGGUUUGCCUCUCAAAAGUCCUCAAGAUGGCAACAGAUUGGACACGCCCUCUCACUUAUUACGUUUUCUCUGUUUGGAUGGCAGGUGGCAUUUAGCAGUAAAUUUGGGGAAAAUGUCAUCCCCUCGGCCAGACAGAUUGAGCCAGGUGUGUUGGAGUGGUCCUCUUCCUUGUGUUUUUGUUUGUUUGUUUUUUUAAUUCAGUGACUAAACCAGAAACCCGUUUUUUGAUCAAUCCACCCAGUAGGUGGUUAGCUUUUUGUUUGAGGGAUGUCUGGUCUCCCCAUAGCUGCACAGAUUAGAGCAUGCGAAGGGCUGGCUGCAUUAGAAAAGGUGGGGAGGGACUCUGUUACAGGGGGUUUGACUGUUCUUUCUUAAUCGUAUGUAUUUGAAAUGCUUUCUGGGUGAGGCUGUCUGAUCCCUUCUGUGUGGCAGAAAAAUGCGUUAUCCAGGUAGUUUUUGCUACUAUAGAAAGCCUGUAAAUAAGGGCUUUGAAAAAAUAACUUUAACAAACCAGUAAGAUUCUGUGUCUCAUACAUAAACAUUCUGUGUACUUAGCACUUGAAAAUAAACAAAUCCAGACUUUUAAAAAUGCCACAGACUGUUAAAAGCCUGACUCUACUUUCUGAGAAUUUGUCAACACCUGUUAAAAUGCCUUAUUCUUCAAUGGGUGUUUUUUAGAUUCUGGAUUUUUUUAAAAAAGAGUUUUUAGAAAUGUAAUCAGUUGUUCAGCCUAAACACAAGAGGUCUAGCGUAGUCAGUCCUCAGUCCUCUUAAAGCAGCGGUUCUCAACCUGUGGGUCACGACCCCUUUGGCGGUCGAACGACCCUUUCACAGGGGUCGCCUAAGACCAUCCUGCAUAUCAGAUAUUUACAUUACGAUUCAUGUUGAGUGUUUCCUUCCCACGUCCCGUGUGGGUCAGGGUUCAGGAACUGGAAGCAGAACCGCACACAAAUGAAAAGACAAGAGAUAAUUUGAAAUAUUGGGGGACCAGGCGGGCAAGUCCAACUCAAGGGGAAGGACUUCCACCCGUGCUCAGGCCUCACCAAGCUUUUAUUGAUUCUGGGAUGCACCCAUAGCAUAGCCCUUAGGCAGGUGACCACCUAGUAACAAGCAGACUAGCCCAUCAGCAAGGGUUUACUUAAUAAUAAAUGGGGAAGUUGCUUCAGCUACCACUGUCUGGACAAACAGAGGUGGCGCCUAGCUCCGACCUCUGCUAGAGCUUCAAAGGCACCCAGCCUUCGGGGGGUUCUCUGUCUACACUUAUCAGAUAGUGAAGGCAAUAAACAGUUUCCCACAGAUUCAUAACAGUAGCAACAUUACAGUUAUGAAGUAGCAACGAAAAUAAUUUUAUGGUUGGGUCAAAACAUGAGGAGCUGUAUUUAAAGGGCCAGAAGGUUGAGAACCACUGUCUUAAAGAAACAAAUUAAGAAAGUAGGGUUCAUAAUUAGGGCUGCCUUUUGGGAAGAGAAAGCUAAGUAUUGCUAUUGCCAAAUGAUGUUUUUGAUAAUGUAAGGAAACACAUGGACCACAAGACCUUUUUUGUUUUAGAGUGUGAAAAAUUAACUUAGUGCCUUUUGGCACACUUUUGAUUGUAGAGGAUAAAUGGCAUCAGCAUUGACAAAUCACAUAGAUACAAAGAACCCUAUAGAUUAUGACAAUAUUAAAGCUUUACCCUGAUUCUGCAGAGCAGCUUUUUAAGAGAUACCGUGGAGGCCUCAGACCAGCACAUUUCAGGAAGAAAUGCUCCACAGGUUGAAAUGCCAAAAACAGAAAACAUAUUGUGUUGACUCACAUAAUUUAGUCAGUUUUACUAGGGCUUUUUCAAUGAAAACCAGUGACUGAGUAUUGUCCCUGCUAUGCUCUCACUGGGGGAUUCUGGCUCCCUGCAGGCCGGGUGAGAGCAGGCAACAGCUGUCAACACCCCUGUUUGACAGGCUGGUUCACCGUCCCAGGCCAGCCCUCCAGCCACACACUGGAAAGACGAAGGGGGGAUGCUUUUUCCUCGGUGUGGAAAUGGAGCGAUGAAAGCAGAUUGUAAACAAAAACGUGACUCAGUAUGUUGAAAUGGUGCCCAUGUCAGCUGGGCCUUCAGCGAAUAACAUGCCAGCGGCUCUGAACAGUCCAACCCAUUCACCUGCUCAUGCUGAGGUUCGGGUCCGGCCUGCAGAUGCCCUGUCCGCUGUACUGCUGUGUGCCUGCUCCCUUGAGGUCUAUGAGUUGGGAAUGCAUGGGGAAAUGAUGUACACCUGAUAGUAUUCCCAUGACAUAAACUGCCAGCAGACUUUCUACUUGUAUUUUAACUGUUGAAAAACACAAAACAAAAACAACCUUUUGCUUAGGUCAUGUCCAAAUUAUGGACCGUAUUUCUUAUGUUUAGAAGUCAUUCUUUACAUUUAAAUUUUUUGAAAGGAAAAAACACCUUCUGAGGUGUUGAUCAAGUCCUCUGUGUAAAUGUGUUCUCUCUCCAUGCUGCCAUUAAGCCAAAUCAAAAGCUGUGAAUUAAAAAAAAAAAAUGUGUUGAAGAAUGUGUGUCAAUGAGAAAGUGAUUUAUUUACAGAUCAAAGUCUUUGUGUCAUGAAGGUACCAAAUUUUAAAAAGAAUGUCACCUUUUUUCCCCUGUUGUGGGACCCAGAGAUUGUAAAAAGAAAAAAAGACCUUUUGUUGCAUUUUUGAUGUUGACACGAGGUUUUUGUCCACUUUUUUUCAUAUGUCUGUGUAUAAAACAUUCUGUCCAUUGUUUACCGUGGGAUUAGUAUUACAUUUUGAGGUAAACAAAAGAAUUUGUAUUGCUUGAUAAACUGUUAGCCUGUAAAUUUUCAAGGUUUCUUUACCUCAAUUAAAGUAAUGGACCAAUAAAUCUAUAAAAGAUGCUUUCUUUA